AUGAACUUAAAAAACUUAGAUGAUGUAAAAUAUAAAAUUCACAAAAUAAAAAUUUUAAAUGAAAAUGAUAAGAGGGCAAAAUCAAUCUUAAGCAAAGCUGCCGAGCAAGUGCUGCCCAUUAUGAGGAAAAGGCGUUUUUCGGUUGAAUUGCUUUCAGAAUUUUUACCCAAAAGUCCAAAUUUGUUAGGUCUAAAUAUUGUAUCCAAAUCCGAAAUUAAGAUUAGACUUCGAAAAAAAAGAGGAGGAGAAAUAUUUCAUUUUAAUGAUAUAGUUGGAACACUACUACACGAACUAGCACAUAUAGUGCACAGUCGUCAUGAUAAGUCUUUCUAUGAAUUACUGGAUAGCCUAAUUUUAGAGUAUAAUGAAUUAUAUGUAUAUAAUAAUAGAUCAAGUCAUGCCUGUGUAGGUAAAAAAAUAGGAAGUAGUAAAAAGAAUAUCUAUAAUACAAACCCUAAAUUAAUGGCAGCUGAAGCUGCAGAAAAAAGAUUAAUAAAUAAUUUUAUAAGUAAGGAUGGUCAAAUAGUAAAUUUAUCGCUUGAAAGUUGUUUAACACCAGAACAAUAUGAAUAUAUAUUUAAAAAUAGAAAAGAACAUGAUGAUAAAAUAUGUUCUUUAAAUCAAGAAGUAAUUAUAAUUGACCCAAUAACCAAUUCUUCUAAGAAUGUGGGGAGAGAAAAUGAAGAAAAUUCUUUGAACGUAAAAAAAAAAAAUAGUUUAACGAUGACAAUUUUGGAAAGUAAAGAAAUAAAUGAAGAUAUAAAUACGGGUAUAAAAGAAGAUAUAAGUAAAGGUAUAAAUAAAGACAUAAAUACGGGUAUAAAAGAAGAUAUAAGUAAAGGUAUAAAUAAAGACAUAAGUAUGGGUAUAAAUAAAGACAUAAGUACGGGUAUAAAUAAAGACAUAAGUACGGGUAUAAAUAAAGACAUUAGUAAGGAUAUAAAUGAAGACAUAAGUAAUGGUAUAAAUGAAGACAUAAAUACAGGCAUAAAUAAAAGUACACAUAAAAAUUUUGUUAAUUCAAAUAUAUAUUAUGUAAGGGACACAAAAUACCCACAUGUGCAAAUAGGUAGUGAGAGUUUUUUAAAUGUACAAGAUAAAAAUCAAAAAAUUGAAUAUGCUUCAAAAAAAGAAUGUAAUACAGACACAAAGGAUGUGAUCUUAUCAAACGAUAUGGUAACUAUCCCUGAAAUGAAUGGAGGUAAUAGCGUGCACAUUCUGAAAGUAAAAAGAGGUCGAAAUAAGGGAAAAAACACACAAAAAGGAAAUUAUUCUAUCAUUUCGGAUAAUUUGUACAAUGAUAAAAAUAAAAGGAGAAAAAUAAUAGUCUUGGAUUGA